AAUCCCGUAUAACAAGGACUAGGGUAACAGGAAGUCGUAAGUGGCGCCAUUCCUAAAAACGUGUAUCAAGGGAGCGAGUACCGGCAGCUCUGUUUUCAUUCAAAAUAUUUGAGAUCAUUGAACGUCUGCAUAAGUAAAUACUCUUGAUUAGAAUUGUGUAUAAUGGCUGGACGUGGCAAGAAAAGAAGUCGUGAUGAAGGAAAGGCCUCCAAAUUGGACUCCAAACGCUCAAAGACAUCAGUAUCCCACCCGAGUCACGGUGACACAGCCGGCCUGGUAUUGACCCUGGGAGAGGGGGACGUGGGGCAGCUAGGCCUGGGGGAGGACAUUCUAGAGAGGACUCGCCCAGCCCUCGUCAAUCUCCCCAACGCUAUCCUGCAAGUGUGUGCUGGAGGAAUGCACACUAUGUGUUUAACCGACAAAGGAGAACUGUUUAGUUUUGGUUGCAAUGACGAGGGCGCCCUCGGCCGUGACACAUCUGUUGAGGGGUCGGAGAACACCCCAGCCAAGGUGGACCUGGCAGCCAAAAUUGUGCAAGUGAGCGCCGGGGACAGCCACACCGCUGCACUCUCCAGUGAGGGUAUUGUGUACGCCUGGGGGAACUUCAGGGAUGCCAGUGGAUCCAUGGGGUUGUCGUCUGCAGGUAUUUCCAAAGUACCGCUCAUGGUACUUCCAGAUGAAACAGUUGUAAAGAUAUCAUCUGGCAGUGACCACCUGGUGUGUCUGACGACCCAGGGUGAAGUAUACACAUUAGGCUGUGCCGAACAGGGUCAGCUGGGCCGUAUUGCAGGCUGCUUCACUGCAAGAGGGGGGCGGAAGGGGUUGGAUCUGAUCCUCAACCCGGGACUGGUCAGAUGCAAAAAGUACAGGUCCAGGAAGAUGGUGCAGUUCUCGGACAUCUGGACCGGCCAGUACAUGACAUUUGCACAGGAGAAGGACACGGGAGACAUCUAUGCCUGGGGAUUAAAUAAUUACUACCAGCUAGGUUUUGAUGACAUGGAGAAUCGCUAUUUGCCGGAGCGAGCGGCCUCCUUCUGUAUGGGAACUGACUGGAAGAGCAUCAUGGCUGGGCAGCAUCACACGGUCGCACUGGACACAGAGGGGCGAGUGUUCACGCUUGGCCGGGCGGACUACGGCAGGUUGGGGCAUGGUGAAGAGGGGAAGGAGCUGUCGGAGCCAACGCUGGUUGCAGCGCUACAGGAGAACAGGUGUACACAGAUCGGCGCAGGGGGAUGUGUGUCUCUUGCUGUCACAGAGAAAGGUACUGUGUAUGCGUGGGGAAUGGGAACGAGCCGGCAGCUGGGCCAGGCGGAGGACGACGACAUCUAUGAGCCAACAGUGAUGGGCGGCAAACAGCUCGAGCACAGGAAAGUAAUUUCAGUAGACGCAGGGGGCCAACAUACAGUUCUGCUUGCCAAGGACAAGAAUGGAAACUGACCAGUCGGAUAUGUUAUAGCUGAGGUCUGAUUAGAAAGUUGCAGUACUGAAGGAUGGAAGUGAAUUUCAUCCUACAGUUUGCGGACUCAGAUCUGUCUGUUGAAGACCAAGACAUUGUGUGUGUGUUCCUGUGGAAUAGGAACAGACUAUAGCAGAGGCAGCAGGGGCUAUCUAACAUGUUGGUGAAGACAGACAUGAGUUGACAUGGAAGGUUUCAUUAUUUUAGCAAGAUUGGCUCGUAAUACUUUUACCGAAUGAAUUUUAUUGAACUUUAAGAUCCCUUGAAGGAUCUGGUUAUGUUUACCUGACAUUAUCAAAGUCAAACAGUAAUAAGGAUUAUCAAAAGUGAAUUGAGUGGAUAUGCCUUGAAGUUUCUUGUACAGGGGACCAAAAUAACUGCUGAGGCAGAGUAAAAAGUAUAUUGAUGACAAGGUGUCAAUAUCAUCAUGUCCACAUUUUUGGAAAAUAAUAGUUUGUAGCAAGUUGCACCAAACUGACGAAAGUGAAGAAAGUGCUAACAGCUUUUGAGUAGUUGUGUGAUGCAGGUUGCCUUGUUGCAGAUGAUCGUCAUGUUUGUCCCUGCUCAACCCGGACUCCAUCUUGUCUGUCUCAUGUUUAUUACUGGACCUCUGCUGGCAGCAACACAGAGUUUUAGUAUUUAUCAAUAUAAACUUGAACAAUGAGAAGACAAUUAUAUCAUCUCACAAAGUGAUCUUUCAUUUGUGGUGUGUGUGUGGGCCUUGCUUGACAUUUUUGUGUAUAGUUGAGCGGCAGCAAGGUUUUAGUGUUUUGAGGCUAGUGUUAAUGAUAUUUGCCCAGAUUUUAGAACCAAUACCACAUGUAUAUUUGUCAUGAGAAUUUCUACUGUUUUAUCCUUCACUGUGUCAAGGCUAUGUUUAUAUUGAAGUGCUGUCCGGCUUAUUCCAAAGCACCUCUAAGGAACUUGAUAAAAAUGCUUUCAUCGAAUGUAUGUUUAAUUAGUUGUUCCAAACUUUAUUUUAUUAUGAAAUGAUUGCUACUUGUGUGUGACAUCUUGUAUGUAAAAGUUUGCUUGACUGAGUGCUUGUAUUUGGAAACAUGUUGAACGAUAAUGAGAGAUUUUGUAAAGCUGAUUUUGAAUAAAGGAAUCCAUUAGA